UGACGCUCCAGUCUCGUUCAGAUUAGCCAGUUUACCAACGUUAGCAUUAGCUGGUAAAGCAACGGUUAGCUUGUUAAUGUUAUUAAACUAAGCCAAGGGAGUUAUUGCUUACAGUCAUGGCGUCUGUUUUAGAUGCUCUCUGGGAGGACAGAGACGUUAGAUUCGACAUAACAGCACAGCAGAUGAAAACUCGUCCAGGAGAAGCACUAAUAGACUGUCUGGACUCCAUAGAAGACACAAAAGGAAACAACGGAGAUCGAGGACGAUUGUUGGUCACAAACCUGAGAAUCAUUUGGCAUUCUUUGGCCCUGCCAAGAGUCAAUUUGUCUGUGGGUUACAACUCCAUCAUCAACAUCACAACAAGGACAGCUAACUCAAAAUUAAGAGGCCAAACUGAAGCACUCUACAUCUUGACAAAGUCCAACAACACAAGAUUUGAGUUUAUUUUCACAAAUGUGGUUCCGGGAAGUCCACGGCUCUUUACCUCCGUCAUUGCAGUCCACAGGGCCUAUGAGACAUCUAAAAUGUACAGGGACCUGAAAUUGCGAGCUGCUCUCAUUCAAAAUAAGCAGCUGAGACUCCUGCCCAGGGAGCAAGUGUAUGAUAAAAUUAAUGGAGUUUGGAAUUUGUCCAGUGAUCAGGGCAACCUUGGAACUUUCUUUAUCACGAAUGUUCGAAUUGUGUGGCAUGCCAAUAUGAAUGAGAGCUUCAAUGUCAGCAUUCCUUACCUUCAGAUUUGGUCCAUCAGAAUUAGAGACUCAAAGUUCGGCUUGGCUUUGGUGAUAGAGAGUUCACGCCAGAGCGGUGGCUAUGUGCUCGGGUUUAAGAUUGACCCAGUGGAUAAGCUUCAAGAUGCACUUAAGGAAAUCAACUCACUGCAUAAGGUGUACUCCGCCAACCCCAUCUUCGGAGUGGACUAUGAAAUGGAAGAAAAGCCCCAGCCACUGGAGGAGCUGACAGUAGAGCAGCCUCCUGAUGAUGUUGAAAUUGAGCCUGACGAGCAGACCGAUGCUUUCACUGCUUACUUUGCUGAUGGAAAUAAGCAACAAGACCGUGAAGCAGUUUUCUCUGAGGAGCUGGGCCUCGCCAUUGAGAAGCUGAAGGAUGGCUUCACACUUCAAGGACUGUGGGAAGUCAUGGGCUGAAAUAAUGUGAAAUAAUAAACAAGACGCAACUCAAAAUUAGACUAAAAAGAUGGGGUGCUGGAUCCUUAGUGUAGGUAGUCAAAAAAGAAAGGCUAGGACAGCACUUCAGAAUGAUUGUUUAAUAUUGGCACGCAGGCGUUUCAGGUAAGACACCCCUCUACCCUGUACUUCUAGCCCCGUACAGUCAGCAGGGAUAGGCACCAGCCCCCCUGGGACCCUAAAUAGGAUAAGCGGUUGUAUUUAUUUAUAGGUCAGGUCAAAGGUUGUACAGUUUAUAGAUAGAUACUUUUUUAUGAAAAGUUCAGGACGUAUUUAUUGUGAGGAUAUUUGUAUAAAACCUUUCUUGUAAUGACUAGACUGUGGAUUAUAAUGCAGUUUGU